AUGGCAACUCCAGACACCAUACCUGUAGCUGGGGUUAUGAACCCCAACAACGAGUCCUUCAUCAUGACAGACACCCUCCUCUCCAGCACAACGCCUCUCAGUCUCAAAACCAUCCUCUCGCCCUCUUCGGUCCUCAACCUCUUUCUCAUCUGGCUCGGCUACCGCGUUCUUCUGGCUCUUUACAACAUUUCUCCCUUUCAUCCGCUUUAUAAGUUCCCUGGACCCAAGAUUGCCGCGGCGACUUUCCUCUAUGAAGCUUGGUACGAUUGGAUUCUGCAGGGACAGUAUACGAAUAAGAUUAGGGAGAUGCAUGGGAGAUAUGGCCCCAUAAUCCGCAUCUCCCCCCACGAACUGCACAUCUCCACCCCCUCCUUCGCCGACGAAGUCUACCCCUCCUCCUCCUCCCUGCGCAUCCGCGACAAAUCCCAACACCAGCUCAACACAGGCGGCGCCGGGCCCGUCUCCGUCACCGGCUUCUCCACCGUCUCGCACGAGCUGCACCGUCUCAAACGCGCUCCCUUAUCCAAGUUCUUUUCCCGGUCGCAGAUGUUAUCACUAGAAAGCGAAGUAACGGACUAUGCUCGGCGGGUGGUUGACAAACUUUUGCGGAUUGGAAGUGUGCAAAAUGUCAAGGAGGCGUUUAAUUGUUUUACUGCCGACGUCAUCGCGCAGUAUGCCUUUGGCGAGAGUUUGGGCUUCGUCGAUCAGGAGGGCACGUGGGAACCGAACUUUGCUACGUGGACGAGCUCGUUCAUGCGCGCGGCGUACGGGAUGCGACAUAAUGCGUUGAUGCGCAGGAGCGCGGCUGCGCUGCCGUUUCUGGCGAGCAGGAUGAAUUUGAUGGGCGAGGAUGUCAAGAGGGUGUUGCAUGUCAUGGAAGUGUUGGUGCCGGAGUUUAUCCGGAAGGCGCUUGGGUCAGAUGAGGCGAAGGAUGAUGGAAAGGGGGGCGUCUUUGCCGAGCUGAUUAGGGGCAUUUCAGAGAAUGGCAAGAAGAAGAAGUUGACAGAGGACGAGAUGUACUGGCUCUCGGGGGAAGGGUUCAACUUCCUUCUGGCCGGCACCGAAACGACGGCGGCGAUUCUGACGACCAUCACCUUCUGGCUCCUCGCCAAACCGACUGUCUACGCCAGACUGAUGCAGGACGUGGCCCCCCUAAACCCAGACACGAUCAAGUGGACGGAGCUAGAACAGAAGCCGUACAUGUGGGCGGUGGUGCACGAGGCGCUGCGGAUGAUGCCGGGUGUUUCGCACCGGAGCGCACGAGUGGCCAGGACUGAGGACUUGGUGUUCAGAGACAAAAGCAAUGGCAGUAACAAGGAAUGGGUCAUACCCAGAGGCACGCCCGUCGGCAUGACCAGCAUGAUUCAGCAUUGGGACGAGGAGCUGUUCCCAUGCCCGGAUGAGUUCUUGCCGGAGAGGUGGCUGUUGGAGGACGGGAAGCCGGAUUAUAAGUUGCAGAAGAAUUUGCUUUCGUUUGGCAAGUCGGGUCAUGGAAGGGCUUGUAUUGGUGAGAGUCUGGCGUACUGCGAGGUGUAUAUCAUGGCCGCUUUGAUGGCGUUUCAUGUUGUUCCUAGGGCGAAGCUGGUGGAUACGACGAGAGCGAACUUUGACUAUGAUCAUGAUAUGAUCGUGCCGCAGACCAAGUUUGGUUCCAUCUCGUGUAAGAUUGCCAUUCAGUGAGGGUCUUGACUCUUGUGCGGCAGGUGCGGUUGAGGAGGGCAAAGACAAUGGUACG